CUCUUCAGGGGAGAAACGAACCUGAGGUUGAACUUUGAGCCCUCCAAACGGCAGUUUUCACAAUCGAUUUAAUUCACUGUCACAGUGCGUUAAUUUAGUCUUCCAUCCCGAGGUGCCUUGUGCUUUUGCCCUUUCAGCCAUUCCGUAGGUAACAAUUGUGCAAAAAAUGUUGCGAAUUCCGAAAGUUCACUGGUCGCCAGUGGGGAAUAUGGUCACGCGGCACAGCUCUACCUCAGCCGUACGAUCGACCAGCGGUGAUGAGUAUCAGUAUCUGCAGCGAUCAAAGAUACCGAUGCUGCACUUUCAGCCCUCGUUGCCCCGGUUACCCAUUCCGUUGCUCCCGAAAACCUGCGAACGCUAUCUGGCCGCUCAGCAACCGUUGCUGGCCCACGAUGCGUUCGAACGCACCCAGAAGGCCGUGGAGCAGUUCAAAGAAAAGGACGGUCCCCAACUGCAGACACUGCUGAAGGAAUUUGAUGGUCAAAAUAAACACACCAGCUACAUCUCGGAACCGUGGUUCGAAAUGUAUCUGCGCGACCGCGCCCCAUUACCGCUCAAUUAUAACCCACUGCUGAUGAUGAAUCCGGAUCCACGGCCAGAGUACAACGAGCAGCUACUGCGGACGACUAAUUUGCUCGUUAGUUCGUUGCGUUUUAUGCGCUCUCUACGGGCCCGCUAUCUUGAGCCCGAAGUUUUCCACAUGAACCCGGCCAAAAGUGAUACGGCCACGUUCCGUACCGUCACGUCGAUGAUUCCCUCGUUCCUGUCGACCUAUGUGGCGUACACGUUCAAAGCUUUCCCACUCGAUAUGAGCCAAUAUCAGGGGCUGUUCGGUGGAACGCGCAUACCGGAGCAGGGCAAGGACCGUAUCUAUCGCAACGAAACUUCCCGUCAUGUGCUCGUCCUGCGGAGAGGAAAUAUGUAUGCCGUGGACGUGCUUGAUGAGGCAGGAAAUAUCGAACAACCGGCCACACUAAUGAGUCGCCUCGAACGGGUUCUCAACGACCAACGAUCGCUGGCUGCGGAUCCUCUCGGAUUGCUGACAACUGAAAAUAGAGACACUUGGGCGGCGGCCAGAAACCACUUGGCGCAACUAACCGGAAACGCCAAAUCUCUCGAACUCGUCGAUUCCGCCUUGUUCUGUCUAUGUCUGGACGAAUCGACGGCCGAUCCAGUGAACCCAGUACCGGCGAUACGGGACUUUCUCUUUGGCGAUGGCACCAACCGGUGGUUCGAUAAAUCAUUUUCGCUGAUCGUAGCCAAGGACGGUACGGCCGGCAUCAACUUCGAGCACUCGUGGGGUGACGGUGUCGCGGUGUUGCGUUACUUUCAGGAGAUUUUCAAAGAAACGACCACUGCCCCGUUUGUGCAUCCUGGCACGAAGGGAGACCCGACCCGCGAUGGAGUCUUACCGAUCGAGUUCACCGUAGACGAAACGGUUCGCAGUGCCCUGAGAGUAGCGGAAAACAAUCAUAACGCGGCCAUCGAUUCGCUGGACAUGAACUUUAUGAAGUUUGAGGGCAUGAACAAGGGUUUCUGCAAGCAGCAGCGCAUCAGCCCCGACUCGGUCAUGCAGCUGGGCUUUCAACUUGCAUUCUACAAGCAGCACGGCCAGUUCGUCGGAACGUACGAAUCGUGCAGUACGGCUGCGUUCCGGCACGGCCGAACGGAAACGAUGCGACCGUGUACGAUGGCAACGAAGGAGUUUUGCUUGGAGGUUGAACGAAAAACGGGACAGCGGAAGACUGCGGCUGAGCUACGCGAAAUCCUGAACCGCUGUUCGACGGUUCACGGGCAACUAACGAAGGAGGCAGCGAUGGGUCAGGGUUUCGAUCGUCAUCUGUUUGGGCUGCGUCAUACGGCCCAGCGAAAUGGUCUCCCGGUGCCGGCCCUGUACGAAGAUCCGGCUUAUGCUGCGAUCAACCAUAACAUACUGUCGACCAGCACGCUCUCGUCACCGGCUCUGCUGGCCGGAGCGUUUGGCCCGGUGGUACGCGAUGGUUACGGGGUUGGGUACAAUAUUCAAGCCGGGUAUCUGGGAAGUAUUGUCUCAAGCUACAAACCGCAUCGGAACGGGCGUGAGUUUGUCGAUUGUUUGCGGGAAGCGUACGAAGACAUUGCCAAGGUGCUCAAGGCUACGGGUCCACCAUCAAAGGACAAGUGA